UGAUGGGGCUGUCACCUGUCAGUCAGUCAAGUUGAGAGGCACCAUCCGAAAAAACAGUCCGCCUCGCCGCCGCCGGAGAAGAUGAGCGAGCGGCGGUACACCGAGCAGGAGGAGGCCCUCGAGAUCAAGUCCCUCCGCCGCAUCAUCGCCGCCUACGCCAACUAUCAAGAUGCAGCAGAAAGGGAUGUCAAGAGAUAUGAGAGAUCAUUCAAAAUGCUUCCUCCUGCACACAAGGAACUUCUUUUCCACCUUGGUCUGAAGUACCAAAGACUCAGAUGGUGUAUAUCCAUGAAUGCAGCUUUUAUCAUGAACAUGCUUGAGGCAUUUGAACCUCCUUUCGACAUGAGUCAGUAUGUAAAUGUCAGUGGUCAUGACCAUCCAUCAAACAUGCAUGACCACAGUCAUGUGGAUUGCACUCAUUCCAGUGGGAGGGGUGAUUGCUCUUCAAUUUCUAUCUCCAGAAGCAAUUCGCAAUUGGAUGGACAGCAUUGUAACCCCAAAGAAGAUGCUAGUACUCAUGAAUCUUCAAGAGAAACUGAAAGUAAAAAGGACGAGGAAGAGCACAUGGCAGGCUGUUCCCAGCCUCUUGGCAGUGACUUGGGAACAUCCCAGGGUGUAGAUGUAUCAUGUAAUGGUGAUACAGAUGCAAGCACAGCUGCUUAUUGUCAAGAUAAAGAUGUCUCUUCAUCUUCUGCUGUUGAUAAUGUAACACCACGACGUUGCACAGGUUCAUUGUUCAAGUUGAAUGUUCCUCCAAUAGAUGUUGACAAGGUAAGAUGCAUUGUAAGAAAUAUUGUGAGAGAUUGGGCUGAGGAGGGUCAAAAGGAACGUGAUGAGUGCUACAAGCCCAUUCUUGAGGAGCUUAAUCGUCUUUUUCCUAACCGGAGUAAUCAGAGGCCUCCUUCAUGUCUAGUCCCUGGUGCUGGGCUUGGGAGAUUGGCGCUGGAGAUAUCUUCUCUGGGUUUUGUAAGCCAGGGGAAUGAGUUCUCAUAUUACAUGCUGAUUUGUUCAAGUUUCAUCCUGAACCACACCCAAGAGGCUAAUGAAUGGACUAUAUAUCCUUGGAUACACAGUAACUGCAAUUCUCUUUCAGAUAAUGAUCAACUUCGGCCUGUUUCAUUUCCUGAUAUUCAUCCCUCAAGUGCAGGUAUCACGGAGGGAUUUUCAAUGUGUGCUGGGGAUUUUGUAGAGGUCUACAAUGAGGAAAGCCAAGAAUCUGCAUGGGAUGCUGUUGUAACUUGCUUCUUCCUGGAUACGGCACACAAUAUUGUUGAAUAUAUUGAGAUCAUAUCAAAAGUUCUCAAGGAUGGUGGGGUCUGGAUAAACUUGGGUCCUCUUCUAUACCACUUUGCUGAUUCAUAUGGGCCAGAUGAUGAUAUGUCUAUUGAACUAAGUUUGGAAGAUGUGAAAAAGGUUGCCUACCAUUAUGGAUUUGUGAUGGAGGUAGAGAAAAUGAUAGAAACUACUUACACUGCAAAUAUGAGAGCAAUGAUGCAGAAUCGAUACCGUGCAGCAUUCUGGACAAUGAGGAAGAAUGCAUCUCGGGCAAAGGCUCAGAAGCAUUGUUGAAGUGAAACUCAACAUCUGUGGUACACAAGCUAAUAGGCCGAACAUGGAUCUGUCCAGUGCGUGUUUAUCCAGGCUGGGGCAACUGGGAUGAUCUUUUCGUGCGAUCAUUUUUUCACCAUUGUAUUCGAACUUUACACAAACCGGACCACGACAAAUCUAGAUAGCCAUAUCAGAUUAGCUGCCUGAUUCACAUAGAAUAUAAUUGGCAUCACACAGGAAAGGGAGAUAUGUCUCUGCUCGCACUGUUUUAGUGGCAUAGGAGAAAAGGAUGAGCUAGCUAGCGUACAAGGUGUCUGUUAAUUUGGUUUGGAGGGAGAUGCAUUAAUGGCAGAAUUGUGACUCUCGACUUGUGAUCUAUAAGCAAUGACUCCAAAGGUGUAUAAUUUGUGAAUUGAACUGUACCAUGAUUUAUUGAACUC